AUGGAGCCUGAGGUGUUUCGCGCGCUUCUCCACGCCGCGCUAGUCUUCUCGUUCGCGGGAGCGCUUGCAUGCUUUUACCAAGCUGCUCAGUUCGGGCGUGAUCACGAUUUCAUUGGUUCCGUCCUGUGUGUCUUCUGCGGGAUUAGUUGUAUCCAACUUUUCAUCCGGGCUCUCACCAUCUACAUCCUCCUACGGCUGGACCCCUCCAGCAUUAACCCAAAUUGGCCCAAUGGCAGCAAUGGGCCUCCUGGUCCAGAUUCCAGUGCCGGGGAAAGCGGACGGCAACCCCAUGGCCAUUCUUCCCAACCUCCACGCCGUGGCCCUGGGCGUGGGGAGUCCUGGGCGUCCUCCCGUUAUUCUGAUUCUGCCCACUUUACCAGUUCUGGUCGAUACAGUCAUGCAAUUCUGAUCAUGAUCGUGCUAAUCGCAAUCAUGUAUUUUCAGUUUGUUUCAUCCCGCGGCAACGAAUACUUCUGUGAAAUCGACGAAGACUACCUCACUGACCGGUUUAACCUCACUGGUUUGAACACCGAGGUUUCGUACUACCAAUACGCCCUUGAUCUUGUGACCGACGUUUUCGAUCUUGAUGCGGACGACGAUCUGCGUGAGCAAAUCGAAAAGUCUGCCCGUCACCUUUAUGGCUUGGUUCAUGCCCGGUACAUCGUUACCACUCGAGGUCUUGCUAAAAUGCUCGAAAAAUACAAGAAGAGCGACUUCGGAAAGUGUCCUCGUGUGAUGUGCGAUGGACAUGCAUUGCUUCCCAUGGGCGAGUCCGAUCUUCCGAAUAUCAGCACCGUCAAGCUGUACUGCCCCAAGUGCGAGGAUAUCUACAAUCCCAAAUCGUCCCGUCACUCGUCCAUCGAUGGUGCAUACUUCGGUACCUCAUUCCACUCUAUCCUUUUCCAGGUGUAUCCCGCUCUCAACCCCGAGAAGAGCAGUCGCCGUUAUGAACCCCGCAUCUACGGCUUCAAGGUGCACGCUGCAGCUGCGCUUGCUCGUUACCAGGACAAUCAACGCGAGGAUCUGAAGUGGCGUCUCGCCGAGGUCGAUAUCAACCACCGAUUCAUUGAGGACAGUGAGAGUGAUGACGAUGCAUUCGAGUACGACGAGGAUUAUGCCGAGACUCACCCGGAGUCGGCCAAAAACGACAAGACCCUCGCUGACGCAACCUCCGCUCGCAUGACUGCCGCUAAGUAA